ACACUCACCUUUCACCUCGAUCUCGCAUACACACGCGAUGCUUAUCGCCGCCCGACCUUAGGUGGCUCGGCUGAGCUUGGCCUGUGUUCUUUCUCCCCUUUUGUCCCUUCGCCUUUCUGCUUCACUUCCCGCGUCCGCCUUUCUCCUCGACAUCUACUCAUACAGCAAAUUCGCAAACUCUCCCUAGACCCACAUCUGAGAGAGUCACCGGUGCAAUCUUCCCCUCUGGCCUCCGUAGAGAUCUCACCUAAAUCCGCUAUCGACCCUGCUACUUGGUAGAGAUGCCACGCCGAAUCUCCAACCCUUUCUCCAAUUCCACCAGCAUGCCGCAGCCCGAAAGGAGUGGCGAGAGGAGACCAUCGCAAUCCAGGGGCAACCGUCUUAGCCAAUUGUUCUCUUCCAGCCCCAAGAUCAAGGAUCAAGGAUCGGCUCAGCAAGCCCUGAUGGCCGUGCACAACGGCCCGUCUCCCUCCCUCCCGGCCUCGGGCCUGUCGCUGCCGUCCAUUUCUCUGUCUACGGCCGCCGUAGGCGAGCCGGAUGACAACGAGCCGCCGACCACGCUCUUCCAGCCGCCUUCCUCCACGGAAACCUCUCGGCAGAGGCGCUUUGAUGCCCAGUUCGGCCCAUUGAUUCACCCGACCCACCGCUACGUGAGCAAGCAUCAUGGGGAGCCACUAGAGGCCCCCGUCAUCGACGAGCCACCCUACUACUACGUUUUGACCACCUAUAUCAGCUAUCUACUUCUCCUUGCCUUGGGCCAUGUCAGGGACUUUUUCGGCAAGCGAUUUAGCAAGAAGCCGACUUACAAAACUCUCCGGGCCGCAGAUGGCUACGCGCCGCUCAAUGAUGACUUCGACAGCUUCUACACGCGGCGUCUCAAGAUGCGUAUCGACGAUUGCUUCGCCAGGACCAGCACCGGCGUUCCCGGCCGAUUCAUCAAUCUCUUAGAUCGUGUGUCGGACGACUUCAAUGAGACUUACAAGUACACGGGUGGUGUGACCGAGACCCUGAACAUGAGCUCGUACAAUUACCUGGGCUUCGCGCAGUCCGAGGGCCCGUGCGCUAAUGCCGUCGAGGAAUGUGUGAAAAAAUACGGUCUCAGCUUCUGCAGUCCCCGCUCGGAUUCGGGCACCUCGGAUCUCGUCAACGAAGUGGAGAGGGAAAUAGCUUCCUUCGUCGGAAAGCCGGCUGCCAUGGUCUUCUCGAUGGGUUUCGUUACGAAUUCCAGCUCGUUCCCCGCUCUCGUCUCCAAGGGUUGUCUGAUUCUGUCGGACGAGUUGAACCACGCUUCGAUCCGGCUCGGCGCUCGUCUCUCCGGCGCGGUUAUCCGUUCCUUUAAGCACAACGACAUGGCUGAUCUGGAGAUGCGACUACGCGAGGCCAUUGCCCAGGGGCAGCCUCGCACCCACCGUCCCUGGAAGAAGAUUUUGGUUGCGGUGGAAGGACUGUACUCGAUGGAAGGCACCAUGUGUGACUUGCCCGGUGUUUUAAGCCUCAAGGAUACUUACAAAUUUGCCCUGUUUGUCGACGAAGCCCAUAGUGUCGGAGCUCUCGGCCCCCGGGGGCGUGGUGUCUGCGACUACUUCGGCAUCGAUCCCAGCCGGGUGGAUAUUCUCAUGGGUACGCUGACCAAGUCCUUUGGCGCCAACGGAGGCUACGUCGCCGCCGAGAAGCACAUCAUCGACAAGCUGAAGAGCACGAACGCCGCCACCUCGCUGGGAGAGUCUCCUACUCCGGCCGUCCUGAUGCAGAUUCUGGCCUCUCUCAAGAUCAUCAGCGGCGAACUCGUUCCCGGCCAGGGCGAAGAGCGUCUUCAGCGCAUCGCUUUCAACUCGCGGUAUCUUCGUCUCGGCCUCAAGCGUCUCGGCCUGAUCGUCUACGGUCACGACGACUCCCCCAUCAUCCCCGUUACUCUGUACAACCCGCUCAAGUUCUCCACCGGCAUUGCCGGCGGCCUCAAGCCCCUGCCGGAGGGCGUCCACCCGGAAGAGGAGAAGGCGUGGCGCAAAGCGAACAAGCUCGAAGGCGUUUUCGAAGCGCCGCGCUGGGCGCUCGAAGACGUCAUCGCUCAAGGAGCGGAUGACGCCAAGAUCAGGUUACGAUAAGAAGGUGAUGACGAAUCCGCUACCACACGUAGCAGACGAGAAGAGAACUACAUCACGGCGUUACGUCACGGUAUGGGGAUAAUGUG